ACAUACACACAGCCUGGGGGUCGUGACCAGAAGCAUGUACGAGAAAAUGAACCUUACCCAUUGAGAAGACAAAGUGAAAAUUGCCACAAUGUGAGGAACACGUGACCAAGAUUAUAUUGAAGGUCGAGUUCACAGUUGCCAUAAUUGCCUGAUUUCUAAAUCACUGACAUUCACUAUCAGGCCAGUGGUCACCCAUCUGUGCGGCCUUAAAUCAGAGCUCCACCCGCCUUCCGAAGGGGAUGACAGGUAAAUAUCCUGCUGUCCCGUGAAUCAGUAGUGGUAUAUUAAAAACGCGUUGGUGUGUGUCAAGCUUUUGUGUGUAUAUUAAAUCUUAUCACCGUGACCGUGAUGUGCAUGGUCAGCAAGAUGAGUCAUUUCAUUUGGGCAGUGGGCAUUGCCUCCCGUCAAGCUGUGUCACCUUGUGUAUCUUGUGGAUGAUGAAGGUUGUGGGUAUCAUAGGAGCAGGUGCAGCAGGGUUGUGUGCUGCUCGGCAUGUAUCUGCCUCAUCUUGCAUGACUCCCAUAGUGUGGGAGAAAGCAUCCAGAGUGGGAGGGACAUGGGUGUACACAUCACAAGUCGGGAAGGAUGAAAAUGGCUUGCCAAUCCAUUCCAGCAUGUACAAGAAUCUUAAAACCAAUUUACCCAAAGAGUUGAUGGCAUUUCCUGACUUUCCAUUUCCAGCCAAGGAGGAAUCUUUUGUGCACCACACAGAUGUCCUCAGCUACCUGGAGGAAUAUACCAGCCACUAUAACCUUCAUCAGUACAUCAAGUUUCGUCACCAUGUGGAGAAAGUCAAGCCAGUUGACCGUGAUGAUGGAACCCAUGGUUGGGCCGUUACUGUACAAGAUCUUGAGACCAACAGCACCACCACCUCCUUGUGUGACAGCAUCCUUGUGUGCAAUGGCCACUACUCUGUGCCAGUGAUACCACCAAUCAAAGAUGUUGACAAGUUCCAAGGCCAACAGAUGCACAGUCAUGACUACCGAGAAGCAGAGCCUUUCAGAGGGUUGAGGGUGGCAGUGCUUGGUGCCUCAGCAUCUGGUCUUGAUAUUUCCCUUGAGGUGGCAAGUGUGGCAAAAGAGGUCUUACUCUCCCACAACCACCCAGUGCAAAUCCCAUCAGAGCUUCCACCUAAUGUUCGUCAGGUGCGUGGCAUUGUGGCAGCCUAUGAAGACGGCUUUGUUUUUGGUGAUGGGUCUCAUGCGGAUGCUGAUGUAUUGCUGUACUGCACAGGUUACAAGUUCACAUUCCCAUUUCUUUCGGAGGAAUGUGGGGUGACUGUGGAGAACAACAUUGUGAAACCACUGUACAAACACUUGAUUCACACAGCAUUCCCCACCAUGGCUUUUGUUGGGAUUCCAUUUCAAAUUGUUCCCUUCCCCCUGUUCGAUGUUCAGGUGCGGUUUUUCCUCAGUUCACUAAAACAAGAUAUUACUUUACCCAACAAGACGGCAAUGGACCAAGACACUCAGGCAGCUUUUGCUGAGCACAUAAGUAAGGGCAAAGCUCUUAGGCACUUCCAUAAAUUUGGAAAACAGCAGUGGGGUUAUGCCAAGGAUCUGAGCUCUUUAGGUGGCAUAUUGUCAUUACCUCAGGUCCUUACAGAAUUGUAUGCAUAUGUCUCAUCCUUACGUCAAGCACAACUGAUGUAUUACAAGCAUGCACAGUUCAGGAUAAAGGAUUCAAACACAUUUCAGCAUAUCAAUUGAUGAGUGAUAUCAUUAGGUCUUAUAAUGAUGAUAAAACUAAGCCUUUGAGUAUUGAUUGUACAUUUAGUGCAUAUCCAUGUGCUUAAGCAACUAAGUAAUUAGGAAAAUACAAAAUCAUUGUCAUGGUUGUUUGUCCAUUGCUUGCUGGAAUUUUUUGUAGCAUCUUGGAGUAGUGAUUCCUUACCUGUAAUUAGUGGGUGACAAGACACCCUUGAAACUAUGAUGUGGAACACACUUGGGUAUCUUAUUGACCUAAAUUUGUAAACCUUUCUCAGCUGGAAAUAAGGAUACAUUGCAUGCUACUUGAUGGCAUUUAAUAUAAUGUUAGUUGAGUUAUUCAGGUUACAGAUUAUAACAUCAUACCCCAAAAUAUUACAUUAUUUUAUGAUAUUAUUUUUAUCCUGGAUUUAACACAUUAAACUCAGGGUUUAGAAUCUGUUUCAUAAUGGCCGAGAAUGCUGACGUGUUUCUCAGGUAUCAAACAGCAUGGCUCAGUGUACUAUUUCACAUUAGUUAUCUGAAGGAUGCUUAUCUAAAUCAGCUAUGCAUGUUGAGGUCAGCCUGUACACUUAUGAUGGUUUUCUCUACAAAUUGAAGUCAUUUGUUAAUAAUGAUGUUCAAAUUACUGUCAUGUGCAAUGGCUUUCUUGUUCUGUUCAUGCUUUCUUCUAAUUUUUGCACUGUUCUGUGUGGGGAAAUGCUUCAUUGGGCUGAGCUCUUGUUCUGUGCAACAGUGUGGAAGAAAAAUAUUACAUGGUAUUUCUUUUUUAUUUUUUUGUUUCCAGUUAUGUGAUUUUAGAUAUAUGUUGUACAUAAGUCUUUGCAUUUAUAAGUAUAUUUUAUUUUACUAUUGAAAUUUACAGUGUUAGUGUUCACUAACAUCUCACUGAUCAUAUACACUGAUGACUGCCAAAUUUUUUUAGAAUUUUAAUGCGAGAAUAUGUACAUGCCUUGUUUGGGUUAUCAUCCUUUAAGAGAGAUGGAUAGAUUGAGGUGCUCAUUAGUUUUGUUGUGUGUUGUGCAAAUUAUGAGUUAGAAAUGCAACUGUUACCCAUUUCUCUUGUAUUAAACACAAAAUCAAUUAAAUUCUCACAUAAAC